UUUUCCCCCACUGAUUUUGCUAUUCAUAACGACUGAAGGUCUUGGUUUUACUUGAAGUAGCAUAAUUUUCUCUGCAAACUCAAAAACUAUACAGAACAGAUGGCGUUGUCAGACUCAGUCACUACAUGUCUUUCUCUACCUGUGCAUUAUCUGAUUUGCAAAGUUGGAUUUGAGAAGAAAGACACCUAUGAUAUUAAUAAUAUUUUAUCUGAAAAUGGCGAAGUAUGUUGGCAAGCUGUUACAGAGCAUGUGUGUUACCUUGAAUCAGAUCAAAGUGUGGAUUAUAUCAAAAGUAUACGAUCAUUAGGACCUGUAUGUGAAUCUGUUUAUUUGCACUUCAAAUCUCUGACCAAGGAGCAAUUUGUAAUUCAGUAUGCAUUGUGGUUCCACUGGACAAACUGCACAGAGUUAUUUCUUGAAAUAUUUGAUGUUCUACAAUAUACACAAACUACAGAAGUUGCUCUUGGAUUAAUGAAGCUAACAUCAUGCCUGGAACGAGCCUUGGGUGAUGUGUAUUUACUGAUUGGUAAAGAUUGCCCUUUCCUUCUAAGAGACUUGCUUGCUUCUGAGCAGCUUGCAGUUGUCUUUGGACAAGCUGUAAUGAACGUACUAAGGGUAUUCAUUGGAUCUCCAUAUGGUCUGAAUCUUCGUAAUGUUUUGUGGCAUGGGUUUGCAUCCCCAAAAGAAAUUCCUGCAAAAUAUUGUGCUAUGCUGCUUUUUUUAACUGCAGGAUUGGGUCAGUUGUUACAGACGUAUCUUCUACAAAAUAAAUGCAUUUUAGUACAUCGACCUUAUGUGAUCUUCGUUAGCUUAGAGGAGCUUGAUAUAUUUCCAGAUCUUAAUCAUGAAGCAGUUUCCAUAGCUGAAGAGCUAGUAAACCUGUCCAGUUUUGUAUUAAAAACAAUGAUACCAUUUUGGAUGGCUGCUUUAACAGCUUUCAAGCAAAGCAGGUAUGCUGACUGUGUGAUUCUCUUACUUCCUCAGCUGGAAGUUGGACUUAGAUUGCUUUUCACUACAACCAAUAAAUGUCCAAAUCGAUUGCUAACAGCUGAGUCUUCUGCUCUCUACACCACUUUCGAUGAGAUGCUAGCAAAGCAUUUGGAUAAUGAAGAAGUCAACCAGCUCCCCGCAGUUCUUGAGGAGCCAGCCAUGGAAUUUCUUUGGGAUUUCUUGAGCCACCAGGAGGGUCCACGUAUAAGAGAUCGUUUAAGCCAUGGAGAGAUCAAUCUAGAAGCAUUUCCCAGAGAAGUAGCUAAUCAGAUAGUUGCAUUUGCAAUUACUCUUCUCUGCAGAUUCUCAGAUGAGGAUAUGUUUGCUUUUAAGGAACACAUGGUCAUAAAACCACUGAUGAAGUGUGCAAGUUGCUACUGUUCUCGAUUUCAUCCAAUUUCCCGACUCAAGAAACAGGUACUGGAAUGUAUGAAGAGCAUUCACUUAUGGCCUGAAUUGCCAACAGUGCCUGAAGAGCAUGUUCAGACAAUUAAAGGAUUGGAAGGAAAUACAGAGGCUAGUACUUUAAUUUUUAUAAUAUCUGAAAUUCUAUCUCAGUUGCAAGAAUACAUGCCCCAGAAUUGCUGUAGUUCAGAUGAUCCAAUCAAUAAUGUCCUAACAGAGAGGCUGUUGACUGAACUCUGUGAUACACGUAUUUGCACACUUUAUUCUCCGAGACCUGUUCUGGAAAUACUGGUGGUACUCCGUAAAAUAAGCACACAGUGCCAUCAAGUGUCGGAACAAGUUAUUGCCAGCACAGAGUUGAGAUACAAACAGUGGGUGAGCAAGACUCUACGUUCUCGGCAGAGGCAUAACUAUCUACGAAUGUUGAGCAGCAUUAAAUUUUUGUCUCCAGUGUUGCGGCUCAUCUUAGUGUUGAUGACUCUGGAACUAGUCAACAUUCACUUGGUUUGUAAGAAGAAUCCUUCAGAUUAUCAGCAGUAUCUAAAGUUUUUGAAGUCAGUGUUGCAGUAUACUGAGAACUUGGUGACAUACACCAGCCGCGACAAAAACAAGUGGGAUGAAACCCUGGAGCUUACAAACAAGACUUUGAUAAAAAUCAAGAGAAUCAGUGACAGAAAGCUAAUGUUAAUGCAGCUAGCUACAUAAUGGCUUUAAAGUUAUUUGGACAUUGUUAUAUCUUAAAAAUUAUGGAGUCCUCAAGUUUGAUGAGUCUAAUUCAAAGUCAGACAUCAUGAGUCACUGUCAAAGUUUGGAUGCAAAAUUUACUCUUUUUAUUUGAAGGUGACUGUUGAGACUGGAGUUGUUAUGAUCAAGCUUCUGAAGAACAGACUGUUUGCUAAAUCCAGUGAUAAAGAUUUACUGAACUAAAUCAGGAUGAUGCAAGUUCUACUUUAUGUGUUUUGUA